AAGUCCAUUCCCCACUCCAUUGGAAUCUCAAACUUUUCAAAGCUUUUUUCUUUUCCUAUUUUGCAGCUCUUUUGAGCAUAAAAUUCUGCUCCUUCUCCUCUCUUCGCAGAAAAACUGCCCUUUUGAACCAAAGAGAGAGAGAGAAGAGAGCUUCUUCAAUAAUGGAAGGUGUAAUUCAUUUGCAGAGGCAACUGCUUGACUACACAAACUCACUCUUCAAAGAGGGAUAUUUGGAUGAUCAGUUUACACAGCUUCAGAGCUUGCAAGAUGAGAGCAAUCCAGAGUUUGUGGUGGAAGUGGUUUCUCUAUUCUUUGAAGAUUCUCAAAGGCUCAUCAAUGAACUGGCUAAAGCUCUUCAGCAGCAAUGUAUUGAUUUCAAGAAAGUGGAUGCUCAUGUUCACCAGUUGAAAGGCAGCAGCUCGAGCAUUGGAGCACACAAAGUGCAGAGGGCUUCUAGAGCAACAGAUUUUGGGUGCCCAUGACUCACACUCGAUGUAGCCAACAACAAAAUUUCACAAUGGGGUUUUGAAGUACUUGUAAAUAAUUUUUCUAAUUUGCUAGCUUUUCUUUUCUUUACUUUUUUUCCCUGUAUUUCUUUUUUUUUUCUUUUUUCCUAAAAAGAUAACGAACCUAACCUCAGGUUGUGUUGGUUGCAUUGGAUAAUGUCUUUAAAAUUUUCAAAUUUUAGAAAUUUUAAAUAAAUUUUAGUUCAGUUGCUGUGAUACUAUCAAUAUAUGUAAAAUAAAAGUGACGGUUUAA